GUGCGGUUCCUGGAGCAGCAGAACAAGGUCCUGUCCACCAAGUGGGAGCUGCUGCAGCAGCAGGGGCCGUCGGGGCCCAGGAAGGACCUGACGGUGAUCUUUGAGAGCUACAUCCAGAACCUGAGGAGGCAGCUGGAGAACCUGCUGGGGCAGCGGGGGCAGCUGGAGUCGGAGCUGCAGAACAUGCGGCAGUACGUGGAGGAGUUCAAGAGCAAGUACGAGGAGGAGAUCAACCGGCGCACGGCGGCCGAGAACGAGUUCGUGGUGCUGAAAAAGGACGUGGACUGUGCCUACAUGACCAAAGUGGAGCUGGAGGCCAAGGUGGGAGCUCUGACCGACGAGAUCAACUUCCUGAGGUGCAUCUACGAGGAGGAGCUGUCCCAGAUGCAGAGCAUCAGCCGGGACCUGUCCGUGGUGGUGUCCAUGGACAACAACCGGCACCUGGACCUGGACAGCAUCAUCGAGGAGGUCCGGCGCCAGUACGAGCAGAUCGCCCAGAACAGCCGGGCCGAGGCCGAGGCCUGGUACCAGAGCAGGUACGAGGAGCUGCAGAGCACGGCCGGGCGCCACGGGGACAACCUGAGGAACACCAAGCUGGAGAUCCAGGAGCUCACCAGGAACGUGCAGAGGCUGAGGACGGAGAUUGAGAACGUCAAGAAGCAGAACCAUCACCUGCAAUCGGCCAUCGCCGAGGCCGAGGAGAGGGGCGAGAUGGCCCUCAAGGACGCCCGCAGGAAGCUGGAGGAGCUGGAAUGUGCCCUGAGCAAGGACAAGGAGGAGCUGGCCCGGCUGCUGAAGGAGUACCAGGAGCUGCUCAACAUCAAGAUCGCGCUGGACGUGGAGAUCGCCAUGUACAGGAAGCUGCUGGAGGGGGAGGAGAACCGGCUCUGUGGGGACAACCCUUCCAACGUGAAUGUCUCCGUGGUGGGCAGGACCACCGUGUGCGGGGGCCGGGCUGGCACUUUCGGGGCCACCAACGGGCUGGCCACAGGAGGAGGAGGAGGAGGAGGAGUGUGCGUGGUCGGAGGAGGAGGAAGCGUCGUCGGGGGCUCCUGCGGGGUGGGAGGGGGGAUCCUCGGCGGGGGCUUCUCCUCCGGCAGCGGGAGGAUGUGCGGCAACUUCGUGGCCGGGGGGGGCUCGUCCUCGGUGCGGAGGUGCGUCACCACCACCACCGUCAAGUCCUCGGGGGUCAAGUAUUGA